GUCAGCAACCCCGGCAGAAUGCAUCUCCUUCCCGUUGCCCUACUCUUCGGAGCCCUUGUCGCUCCCACCGCCAGCGAAUCUUUCAAUCCCCUCAACCAUCUCGCUGGUAUCGCUCCCUACCGCACUAUUAACGACCCCCCAAUAGAAUCCGCACCUCCACAAGGCUGCAAUGUAACAAAAGCGGCAUACCUGAUCCGGCACGCAGCCAUCUAUGCCAAUGACUUUGACUACGAAACUUACCUGGAGCCCUUCGUGAAAAAGCUUGGCAACACCACCCAGGACUGGUCGAAAACGACAGACCUCAAGUUUCUGACGAAUUGGACCGCCCCCGUUGAUGAAGAGCACCUUGAAAAGGUCACCAAGGUCGGGUACAAGGAAGCGGUGAAGUUGGGCGUCAACUUCCGAACCCGCUAUGCCAGUCUAUCCCAUCCGAACAAAGUCUGGUCAUCUUCUGCAGAUAGAACGACCAAGACAGCAGCCGGUUUUAUCGAGGGGUACACACUCAACAAAACCGCGGGAAUGGAUCUUGUAGAAGUAAAAGAGAAGAAGGAUACGGGUGUGGACUCCCUGACCCCUUACAAAAGCUGUCCUGCGUAUAGUGGGAGCUACGGCAGUGAUCAGUCUCAGGAAUGGGUAGAGAAGUACACCGCACCCAUCAAGGAAAGGCUCAACGCGCAAGCCCCUAACUUCAACUUCACCACCUCCGACAUAGUAAGCAUGUUCGAGUUCUGCGGCUAUGAAACCGUCAUCCGGGGCGACUCGCCUUUUUGUGCCACCACUCUCUUUUCCUCAAAUGACUGGCUCUCCUUCGAAUAUGGCGAGGAUAUCAGGUACUUCCAUAAUGUGGGGUACGGGAAUCAUGCCUCCCCAAGAAUCGGGUUUCCGUGGGUGAAUGCUAGCUUUAAUGUCCUUUCUACCAACUCCAAUCAGGACGUUUAUGUCUCCUUCACGCACCGCGAACUCCCCCCAACCGUCAUCACAGCCCUGGGUCUCUUCAACAACAGUGCUUUCUCGGGUGCAGAUAAUGUCAACAAGACUAUGCCGACGGACAAACUCAAUUACGGACGACAGUGGAAGAGCAGUGACAUUCUGCCCUUUUUGACGAAUAUUGCCAUAGAGAAAAUGAGCUGCGAUAGCUAUGGAUAUGACGAGGGUGACUAUUACCGGGUGCUGGUGAACUCGAGCCCCCAACCAUUAGAAGAUUGUCGCGGUGGACCGGGAGAUAGUUGUAAUGCGUCGAAGUUUAAGGAUUUCGUGAAGGGUUUGGGGGAGAGAUUUGGGGACUUCGUGGGAGCUUGUGGUGCGCCGAAGAACGAGAGUCAAGUGGUGACUAUCUAUAACUGAUUAGGCAGUGUGAGCUGGUCUGGG